AUGGGUGAUUCCGAUGAAGAGUACAUCGGGGAAGUUUCUGAGGAUGAGGAUGACAAUAACGUUUUUCGAGGAUCUCGAAGUGAAGGGUCUGCAUCCCGUGCGAAAAGGAGGAAACAGCGUGGAGGAGCUGAGUGGGAAGUUUCGAGAACCUGGGAGACAUUGGUCGAGGGUGCAGAUGGGACGAUUAGCUCGACAGUCGAAGGGCUCCUGGAAGCUGGGAAAAGGAAAAGGCUUCUGAAAGAUACAACCCCUUUGCAACGUGGUAUUAUCCGUCAUCUUAUCUUGAUAAUUGAUCUAUCGCAAUCCAUGACAGAGAAGGAUCUUCGCCCGACAAGAUACCUUCUUACGCUACGGUACGCACAGGAGCUUGUGCGGGAGUUCUUCGAGCAGAAUCCGAUCUCUCAACUUGGGGUCCUUGGGUUAAGGGACGGCCUCGCCAUCCGAAUAAGUGAUUUGAGUGGAAACCCCACGGAACAUAUUAGCGCCAUACAAACCCUGAGAGACCAAGAUCCGAAAGGUCUCCCAAGUUUGCAGAACGGGAUAGAAAUGGCUCGAGGCGCGCUGUUUCAUACACCCAGCCAUGGCACUCGAGAGAUAUUCAUCAUAUUUGGCUCACUUCUUUCGUCUGAUCCUGGAGAUAUUCAUCAAACUAUAGCCAACCUCAUCAAUGAUAAAGUGCGUGUGGGAAUCGUAGGUCUCGCUGCUCAAGUAGCCAUCUGCCGUGAGCUCUGCGCAAAAACGAACGGCGGCGAUGACACUAGAUAUGGGGUGGCACUCAAUGAGCAACAUUUCCGUGAAUUGUUAAUGGACGUAACGACACCUCCAGCCACAUAUUCCCAAAAACAGUCUGCAAGCUCACUCUUAAUGAUGGGGUUUCCAUCUCGCACUGUUGAAACCUCCCCCUCUCUUUGCGCGUGUCAUUCAAAAUCUUCCUGUGGAGGAUACUUGUGCUCACGUUGUAACAGCAAAGUUUGUGGUCUCCCUGCAGAGUGCCCCUCUUGCGGCCUCACUCUAAUUCUGUCCACCCAUCUCGCUCGGUCGUACCAUCAUUUGUUUCCCCUGGUAAACUGGGUAGAGGUUCCCUGGCAAAGGGCUUCUCGCAGUUCGGUAUGCUUUGCCUGCGGUAUAGCUUUUCCUCCAGUACCUCCCAAGGAUCAAUGGCAAACGACAGAAAACCAGGCGAAAGGAAUGAGCGUAAGCAGUCGCUAUGAAUGUACUGUAUGCGAGAAUCAUUUCUGUAUCGAUUGUGACCUUUUUGCCCACGAAGUUGUGCACAAUUGCCCUGGCUGUCAAAGCAAACCUACAUUUCCCAAGAAGGCUGACCUUCUGGGGUGUCAGGCGGGCCUAGGCCUGGAGAUAAUGGAUACUUCGGCAUAG